AUGUCGUUGAUGGGUCAUCCUCUUGACCCCGGUCACUCGUGCAUUGAAGAAGUGCAGGCUUCUGCUGGUGCCACCGAUCAUGCUUCUGGUGGUGGUCUUAAGUGCAGUACACCUAAAGAGUUUGCCUACGUGUGCUGGAGGAAAGGGUGUACUCAGAUAGAUGGUGGCAUCAUGUCACAGGGAAUGACAAAGGCAUUCUCCCCGCGAAUUGAUGAAGCGAUACUACUGGACGUAGAGGAGAAGUUAGGUGACCAGAGAGAGUGGCUGCCACAGCAGGCUCAGCUCAUGAUGAAGCACGAAGCCAUAGAGUCAGAAAGCAGCUUCGCAGUGUUCGACUUGAAGUCUGCAAAGGGUUGGAAGAAGGUCAGAAAGAUCUACCAAACGGUUGAGGGCAAGUUUGGUGUGCUCGAUCGUGAUGAGCCCGAGUCACGCCUAGCUUCGGAGGCGGAGUUAGCCGCCGAUAUCGAACGAGAGGUGAGCCGCCUUGUUGCUAUGGGCUAUCAGUAUCAUGGUGUUCCAGUGCUGUACCAUGGCAAGUUCCUUACUGUUAUGUAUUUUUUGCUGAUGUGA